AUGGCCGUGCCGACGGCCACGGAUAACGACCUCAUCAAUUUCGAGAUAAUAGAGACCCAUAAGGAGAACAUCCAGUCUUUGCCCGGAGGACGGUCAGCAAAGCAGCUGGCCUCCAUCCUAUCGCCUCUCCCUACAAGCAAAGCAGUCGGGGCAAAUACGCUACCAACAUUGGAAGAGACCAAGACACUCAAUGACGCCAUCCGGCAGGAAUAUGAAAUUGAGCUUCAAUCAAUAGCAGACUCAGACGACCCUCUGGAUAUCUACGACCGAUAUGUGAAAUGGACGCUGAACGCAUAUCCAUCUGCGCAGGCGACACCACAAUCACAACUGCUGCCUCUUCUUGAGCGCGCGACAAAAGCCUUCCUUAUGUCUCCCCACUACAAGAAUGACCCACGGUAUCUGAAGCUAUGGCUACAUUAUAUUCGCUUCUUCUCCGACAGUCCACGAGAGACCUUUGCCUUUCUUUCGCGUCAUGGGAUCGGCGAGGGUUUGGGGUUGUUCUAUGAGGAAUUUGCGGCAUGGUUGGAGAGCGCUGGCAGAUGGUUACAGGCAGAUGAAGUCUACAAGAUGGGCAUUGACAAGGAGGCCAGGCCGACGGAGAGACUCGUGCGAAAAUAUGGCCAAUUCCAACGACGAUUCGAAGCCAGGCCACAGACAGACAACGAACCAAGUUCGCCGGCUCUUCCGACAGUUCGACCCGCGCUGGCCGCGAAGAUCGAUCCUUUCGCAUCCGCCCAUCACGGUGACGAUUCACAAGCAGCUCGCCAGCAAUCCAGUGCAAGAAGUACCUCGGGAACGAGUGCACGUACUGGGAAGCCGAAGAUGGCCAUUUUUUCGGAUGCAGAUAGUGCCGCCCCUGCACCGACCAAUGCUGCGGCCAGUACAACCAAGGGCUGGGAUAGUAUUGGGUCAAUGAGAGAACGAAAGAAGGAGAACACAAUCGAGGCCCGACCUUGGGCAGGGGAGAAAUUGAAGGCAGGUGGCAAAGUUGGGACGGUGCCCAAGAUGGAGAUCUUCAAAGACCCGUCCCGGGAGCUUGGGCAGCAAUCACAGGCUUCAAAAGAGAGAAGUGAGGCUGUCAAUCCUCGUACCGGCCGGGCAGAGCGGGUGUACGUCAACAUCGAGGCCAUUUACCCCCCUCACAGCGAUGAGGAGUUCAGUUUCGAAGAGCUUCGAGCCAUGUCGCGAGGCUGGGCACAGAAGAGCUGGAGAGCCGACAAGCCAUCUCCUCAAUCGUCGUUUGAUCCUUUGAAAAGCACGUCGGGAAAUAGCGUGGUCUCAGUCUCAGCCUCGCCAAAGCCGAUAUCGAAAUCGAAAUCGAAACCAGCUAGGUCAGAAGAGCCAGAAGACGUCGAGAAUUUGAGCCAAUCCUUUCGGCAAAAGAUCGACCUGAACAGCGAUACCCCCAGUCUCAGCAUACAUGAUGUAUCCACACAAUCUAUGGUUGGAAUGCCGGAGCCAAGCAUAGCACGACAGUCACAAAACCCGACCAAGAAGGAAAAGAAGCUCAAAAUCAGAGAGGUCAAACAAGAGACUGUGACUGUUAAGACACGGCUCGAAUCGCCUACAGGCAGGAAGCUGAAAAGAAAGAAUUCCGGCACGGCAGAACCCACCAUGACAUUCCAUUCCAAAGCAGCUACAAAUGAGAUAUACGACAUGUUUAACCAGCCACUCCGUAGAACCGAGAUAGCGAAAGACGACACACAGAGCGGCGACGACGCCGAAUUUACCGAGGGCGACGUUGACGAUGGAUAUAGUACCACUGGGGAUGGCGAGAGUACCGGCACUGGUCGCGUGUCUGAGCCUGGUAGUGAGUUUGGGGAGGACACCGCGUCUUCGCUGCAGCACGACAUCACCAGCACGCAGAGCCAGAAUGAAAGCCAAGCUGACACUGUUUCCUCCUGGUCUGACUUUACCUCCAGCAAGCACGUGCCUCACCUUGCUUCAGUUUCUAAGCAUUCUACUAAGAACAAAGGAACGGUGUCAGGGUCAUCAAGCAAAGGUCAAGGCAAGUCCAAGCUCAAGAACAAACAUCGACGUGUCUUGAGUGAGGAUCUGACUGAGAGCAUGGACUCGUCAAGUCAGAAUCCCACUCAAACUUCCGGGCUUGGAGGCCUUGAUACCCAGGCCAUUGCUGCCAUUGUCGGUGGGAGCUUUGACGACAUGGACACCAAAGCCAUUGCUAUGCUUGCUGGUGAUCUUUGUGACGAGGACAAUGAGGAAGAUACAAACCUGAGCCAGAUCCAGGGUGAGCAGGAUCAGGGCGCGGGCGCGGGCGCGGGCGCAAACAUAGGUGCACCGGCAGAAGCAGGAAUGGCACAACGUACCAAAGAGGACAAGGAAAACGACGACAACACCUCUCAGAAGGACGACAACAACAACCACAAUAACGUGACCACCCCGGUUGAAGACAUGUUCACAGAGAUUACCCACAAACCUCACUUCAUCCCACUGCCACCGGAGGAUUAUGAGCCCACCCCCAUCCGACCCUACCGGGAUCCAGCCUUGGUUGCUCACAACAAGUUGCCCUUCAUGACGCCGAUUGUGGAGAGAACGGAGAGCUCGCUUGCCCCUUCGACCGUCUUCAAUGAUCCAGACUACUUCAACUCCAAGACCCCUAGCCGAUCAGCCAAAGAUGAAUUCGAGAGCCCUUUCAGGGUGACGGCAGACGAUCUCCUGUUAAGCAGUCCACAAGAACCCAUCACACCCGCCCCUUGUACUAAGAGAACGUUCACUCAGACUGGUGCCACAGAGGAGGAGGACACCGAGGUCUCACGACCCAAGAAGGCAUUCAAUCAGACGAAAGAGCAAACCUCAGCUGCAUCUUCAAAGGCUGAGAAGAGUCGGACACCUUCCAAGGUCGACGACAGUGUCUUCAAAACUCCUGCCAUUCCAGACAGAUCUCCUGAAAAGCGCAUCCUCCAACCUUCAAGAGUCCACAAAGGAUCGAUUGUGGCCGACCUGCAAUGCAACCCCUGUGACGAGGCCGUGCGCCAGCAAAUCCUGGCUGCCGUCCACCCACCUCUGUCUUCCUACACCGGAUUUCAUGACCACUCGGAUCAGGUGUACAACCGCUACCAGGCUCUCAAGUCAUAUGGGGACAAGUUAAUCAAGAGCAAGGCCAAGGCAAGUCCAAGAAAGAGCCAGAGCGACAAGACAUCGAACAAGGCCGUUCCGCCCAUCCUCAAGUUCCCAGGAAGUACUCGUGUUUAUGCGGUCAAGCGACAACUGGGCGAGGGAGCCUUUGCACCAGUCUACCUGGUCGACAGCUACAAUCCCAGCGAGAGCGCCAUCGCGGAUGAGGACGUGUACGGCGACGUCGACGGCGAAAGCGAUGACAAAGAAAACAUCAGCCCGAAGUUGGCAACGACGAAAUCGAGCCGUCAAGAACUCGAGGCUCUCAAAACCGAAGCUCCACCCGGUACACUUGUCUGGGAAUUCCACAUCCUGCGCCUGGUCCGUCAGCGUCUGGGUCCCGCGUCGCGCAGCAUGGAGUCCAUCAUCCUGGCGCACGAAUGCCAUCUGUACCGCGACGAAGCGUACAUAGUGCUGUCGUACAGUCCGCAAGGCACGCUGUUGGAUCUGGUCAACCUAGCCCGAAACGAGAACGUCAAAGCCGGCAAACCGGCAGAAGGCCUGGACGAGGCAUUGGCCAUGUGGUUUGCCGUGGAGCUGCUGCGCACGCUGGAAGACCUACACCGGGUGGGGAUCCUGCAUGGCGAUCUGAAAGGCGACAACUGUCUCGUCCGCUUUGACUCCUCUGUCGAGCUCUCCGGCCCGUUCGACCCGGCAGGCAGCCACGGCUGGAAUGGCAAGGGGUUGACACUGAUCGAUUUCGGCCGCGGCAUUGACGUGCGCAUGUUCCGUGGCCACGCGCAGUUCAUUGCCGACUGGCCGUCGUGUGCGCAGGACUGUGCGGAGAUUCGGGAGUGUCGGCCGUGGAAAUGGCAGAUCGACUACCACGGCGCGGCGGGCGUCAUCCAUAGUCUGUUGUUUGGCAAGUACAUUGAGACGGUGCCGGCCAACAACACUGCUGCAGCCGGAUUGAGCGGCGGCGGCGGCGGCGGCGGUUUGGGCCCGGGACAGAGGAAGGAGUGGAGACUGAAAGAGAACUUCAAGCGGUACUGGGAGAAGGAGCUCUGGACGGAGGUGUUUGCGGUGCUCUUGAAUCCUGCUUCUGUCGUCGAUAGGGAGGAGAUGCCAAUCCAGAGAAACCUCAAGCGCGUCCGGGUCAAGAUGGAGGAGUGGUUGAUGGAGGAAGGGGAGCGUGGCGGCCGCGAUCUGAGAGCUAGUCUGAGGAAGAUGGAGAGACUGGUUACUGCGAAGUGA